AUGUUCCGCGGCACACCACCCAACCCAUACGAUGAGGUCGUCCUCAAGGCCACAGACGAGGCUCAAACCUCGGAGAACUGGUCGCUGUUCAUCCAAGUCUGCGACAAGGUACUCACAGAUACCAGCCCGACCGGCCCCAGAGAUUGUAUUGCGUCGAUCCAGAAGCGGCUCCAACACCGGAAUGCGAACGUCCAGCUCUUCUGUCUGACCCUCACCGAAUCCCUCGUCAAAAACACCAACGAAAACUUGCACAAGGAAGUCUCGAGUAGGGCGUUUAUGAAAGUCUUGUCAGGCCUCGUCCUCGAUCGCUAUACACAUGAGAAGGUGCAGAAGAGAAUCCUGCAGUGUUUGAAGUCAUGGGUCGACGACUUCCAUGGCAAACCUCAUCUCGGCCUCGUCGAAGAAACUGUCGAGGAACUUAAGGAGAAAGGCCACCAACACGAAGAGGAACUACCAACAGCCACCCACCCACCGGAUGAACUGUUGAAACGAGAGGAGGAGGAACUCCAGCGAGCCUUGGCCGAAUCAGAACGUGAGGCAGAAUGGAUGAACAUGGCAGGCGUUGGAAAAUUCCCAGCGAGUACGCUCGACGCACAGUCGACUAUCGGUCCAACUGGGCAUAUCCCCUCCUCAUCUCAGGCGCGAUUCGGAAACCCGCCCCUGGCAAGUGGCCAUACCGGCCCAGAUUCGGCAUCCAACCCCUCCUCGACGCACCGGACAGGCUCACAACCGCCCCCCGGCACUCAUCAUCAUCCUCAUCAACCUCCAGUCGACGCUAUGGCCCAGAUGUCUCUUCAAAACUCUCAUCCAGACCCAGAUAACAUCCCCCUUGGCCCACCCACUGGCGCCGAACUCCACCCGGUACGUACCAAGGGCAGGCCAGCACCGAAAAAGGUCAAAGCAUUGUACGACUUCGAGCCGAACGAAGAAGGAGAAUUGUCAUUCAAGGAGGGUGAUAUCAUCCGAGUAAUUGACUCAGUCUACAAAGAUUGGUGGAAGGGUGAAUUGCGUGGACAGAUCGGUAUAUUCCCAGUGAAUUAUAUAGAAACUAUCCCAGACCCAUCCCCAGAAGCGCUCACCAGAGAGGCGGAAGCAGAGGCUGCCGUAUUUGCCCAGGCGUGCGAAAUCGAUCGGCUGUUACAGAUGAUGAACAAUUUGGAUGCCCAGCGGGACAAUCUGGCUGACAACGAUGAGCUAUCAGAGCUCUAUCAACGAACACUAUCAAUGCGACCCAAAAUCGUUCGACUGAUCGAAAAAUACACUCAGAAGAAAGCUGAGUUAUUACAAAUCAACUCCAAAUUCAUGAAAGCCAAGACGACGUAUGAUGCGAUGAUUGAACAAAGUUUGGCGGUCCAUCACCCAGGAGUUGGAGCGGAAGCCUUCACACAGCCGAAUCCAAACAACCUGUAUGGUUCGCAAGGACCGUAUCCGCAAGUUACUUAUUCUUACGAGCAGGCUUCUUACCCCGUUCAAGCCCUACCAAAUCAGCAUUAUCAGCGACCGGCUGGGCCGCUGGCGUCUCCCAAUCACCAGUACCCGCCUCGAGACGUAGCCCCCCCUGAAGGAAUCGAUACCAGUCGGUAUUACUUAGCAUCAGAUGGAAACUGGUAUGCUUACUCCGCCGAGCAACUAGCAGCUCAUGCAUCGAGCACUGCAGCCCCGCCGAACAACCCGACGGCCCAUCCGUCUCACCAACCCGAAUCUUCUCGACACCCACAGCCUCACUCAUCCCCUGCCCAUAAUCCCACCUCGGCCCCUCUGGGUGACGGCAAUCAUAGGUCUGAACUCAAUCCUGCUUGGCCCGCUUACCCCCCGAACUCUUCCCCUAACUCCCGUAAUCAGCCCGCUAGUUUGCCCCUACCGGGUCAAUAG